CUCCCUUUCUUACUCAACAGGCAAUAAUUUUGCACACUGGAGCAGCAAAAACAAAGUCUCCUCCCUGUCAACGCAUCUAAAGCAACGUAGGAGCAUAGGGGCGCGUACAAACACGCUACUGGAGCAUUUUAUCACUGGGGCAACCGGAGAAAACUGCUCCAGUCUGGGAGUCAAACUUCUGUCAGUCCAUCAUCACUGACCAACAGCAACUACCAUCUACAGGAUGCCUUUAGGAGGAGGAAACAAGUGUGGCCGCUGUUUGAAGACAGUUUACUUUGCUGAGGAGGUUCUCUGUGAUGGACGCAGCUUCCACAGGUCCUGCUUCCUGUGCAUGGUGUGUGGGAAAAAUUUGGACAGCACAACUGUUGCCGCUCAUAUGGAGGAAAUUUACUGUAAGGCAUGCUAUGGCAAGAAGUAUGGACCAAAAGGUUAUGGUUAUGGUCAAGGAGCAGGUACGCUGAGCAUGGACAAAGGAGAGUCCCUGGGUAUUACACAAGAAACAUCGGCCCCGCAUCGUCCCACCAACAACCCAAACCCCUCAAAGCUGGCUCAGAAGUUUGGGGGGUCAGAUAAGUGUCCUCGCUGUGGCAAAGCUGUCUAUGCCGCUGAGAAAGUGAUCGGAGCUGGGAGUGCCUGGCAUAAGACCGGAUGUUUCACCUGCGCUACAUGUGGGAAGAGCCUUGAGUCGACCACACUAGCAGAUAAGGAUGGAGAAAUCUACUGCAAAGGAUGUUAUGGCAAAAACUUUGGCCCCAAGGGGUUUGGGUACGGGCUGGGAGCUGGGGCGUUGGCGCACACCCAGUAAAGUCCACCGUGGCAGCAGGUCUCCAGAUGACUGCAUUGCUCUCUCCGUCCAGCAGAGGGCAGCCUGCUACAGUUCAUCUGACGCACACUCCUCACCCGUAGAUGCAUUUAUGAACUGUACAGUCAAGGCAACACAAACAUUAUACCAUUGCACAAUGAAUACUAUUCAAGUAAUUGCUGAUGCAUCCAGUAUAAUUUAUAUUUUAAAAGCUAUCUUUUUAAAGCUGUAGUUUGUACGCCUACUCUUGUUUAAAAGUAGGCUAUACAUUUUGCCAUCUCGGUAGGUUAUUUCAGUUUAAAACUGUUUACUACAGUAAAUGCUCCUUGUUUACAGCACGCAUUCCAGAUGUAAAAAUAAUAAACAAAACUGAUGCAAAAUUAUGGCUUUGAUGAUUUUUGUUCUUCUACAGAACUGUUAAGUUCCGUGUGAACAGGGAAGUAAGGAGCUUAGUUGGCUUACUGUAAGUUUUAAGAAAUGACAAAUGUACAUUGUUUACAUUCCUGUCAUAAUAAUGUAGUGACACACCUCAGAGUGCUGAGAUCACAUUUUAGCGUCAUUUUAGUCACAAAUUUGUGAAAGUGAAGCAUGCAUGUAUCUAAACUUUUCCUCCAGACAGGUUAAAGAAGAAAAAUGCACAAAUAAAUGGCUGAUUGUUUUAAAAAUGUAGCUUAAAACUGUUGCCACUA